CACUGAUCACUGACGGCCAGUCCCUCGGAAGGUUGAUAGUCGUGCCGAGGCUUUUUCAAGAUGGCUACUGCAAAGGACGGUUGUGGUAUGGAAGCGGCUGCUGGGAGUGGGCGGCGGCUCCACCUGGGGAUUCCUGAGGCAGUGUUUGUGGAAGAUGUAGAUUCUUUCAUGAAGCAGCCUGGGAAUGAGACUGCAGAUACGGUAUUAAAGAAGCUGGAUGAACAAUACCAGAAGUAUAAGUUUAUGGAACUCAACCUUGCUCAAAAAAAAAGGAGGCUGAAAGGUCAAAUUCCUGAAAUUAAGCAGACUUUGGAAAUUCUAAAGUACAUGCAGAAGAAAAAAGAAUCCACCAAUUCAAUGGAGACCAGAUUCUUACUGGCAGAUAACUUGUACUGCAAAGCUUCGGUUCCUCCUACUGAUAAAGUGUGUCUGUGGUUGGGGGCUAAUGUGAUGCUUGAAUAUGAUAUUGAUGAAGCUCAGGCACUGUUGGAAAAGAAUUUAUCGACUGCCAGAAAGAAUCUUGAUUCUCUUGAGGAAGACCUUGACUUUCUUCGAGAUCAAUUUACUACUACAGAAGUCAAUAUGGCCAGGGUGUAUAAUUGGGAUGUAAAAAGAAGAAACAAAGAUGAUUCUACCAAGAACAAAGUAUAAUUCUGGCGACUGAAAGUGUGGUUUGGGUUUCCAAACAUGUUAUGUUAAAUAAUCCAAUGUUUAUCCUUAAAGAUUGAUGUAAUGUUGAGUGACUUUUUUUUCUCACAGCAAGAACAAUUAAAACUUAAGAAACAGCAUUUUAUUUAUUUAUGAAAACAGAUUGCUUUCAAAUAUUUUAUGACAUUAACAGUAUUUUUUUUUCGUACUUCCCAACAAGAUUAAUUCUGCUUUUGUUUUAUCUGUCAUAAGACAACUCUUAACUGAAGUGGCCAAAAACUGUGAGGAAUGCUAUGGAGGCUGAAUGCUAGACACCAGCACAGUUUCCUUUUUCUUUAUUGAUUAAUGCUACUCUCACUUGAUGUGGUAAACCUUUUAAAGGCAGGAAAGACAGAUUGUUCCAAUACUUCUAAAGUUGUUUUUAUUUAGUUCUUGUAGGACAUUAUCAUCUUUUGUUGCUAUUGUCUUCUGUAAAUGGGGUUUCAUACAUUACUGCUUAACCAAUAGGUUUUAUAUUCUGGACUUUUCAGAAAAUGGUCAUUUGCUUUCCUACACAGUGUGAGGGCUAUUGACAUACACUUUUGACCCUAAAUAAGUGCACUAUCUUUACAAUGCCAACAUAAGGGAGAUUUUGGUCAAUGUGAGAUAACACUACCCAUUCAAAACUCUUAGCUAAGGUAAUUUUGUUUUACUAACAGUUCUCCAAAGCAUUUUGAACAGGAAUAUUAAUAUAAAUUUAAAUCUGCCUUGGUUGAAAGAGUUGUGAGCUUUUUUUAUUCAUGAUAAAACUGCAUAGGAAUAGUAAAAUCUCUGUGGAAAGCCAUUGGUACUCUGGCAAAAGCACUUGGCGAUACAAAUUCUGGUUAAAAAAAACACAUGUGUGUUAUUCCAUCUCCAUGUAGUAAAAAGUAUACUUGUACAAUGUCUUGUACUUGUAUUUCAUGUUAUUAAAACAGUGAUGUUCAGAC